AUGUCAUCAUCUGGGUGGCUAAACCCCUUGUUUAAAAUUGGUUACAAACGGAAAUUAAAACAAGAUGACUUGUACUCAGUGCUUCCAGAAGAUCGCUCCCAGAACCUUGGAGAAGAGCUGCAAGGGUACUGGGAUCAGGAAGUGAAGAGAGCUGAGAAAGAUGCACGAGAGCCUUCUUUAACAAAAGCAAUCAUAAAGUGUUACUGGAAAUCCUAUGUAGUUUGGGGAAUUUUUACAUUGCUUGAGGAAGGCACCAGAGUAGUUCAGCCCAUAUUUUUGGGGAAAAUGAUUAGUUAUGUUGAAAACUCUAAUUCUGUCACCUUGCAUGAAGCCUACGGCUGCGCGGCAGGGCUGAGCGCCUGCGUGCUCGUGUGGGCUGUUCUGCACCACUUGUACUUCUAUCACAUGCAGCGCGUGGGGAUGCGGCUGAGGGUAGCUGUGGGCCACAUGAUCUACCGCAAGGCACUUCACCUGAGUAGCUCAGCCAUGGGGAAGACCACCACAGGCCAGAUAGUCAACCUGCUGUCCAAUGAUGUGAACAGGUUUGAUCAGGUUACAAUGUUCUUGCACUAUCUGUGGGUGGGGCCACUGCAGGCUGUCGCAGUGACCGCCCUGCUCUGGAUGGAAAUAGGAAUAUCUUGUCUUGCUGGGAUGGCGGUUCUCAUUAUUCUUCUGCUUUUGCAAAGCUGCUUUGGGAUGUUGUUUUCAUCACUCAGGAGUAAGACCGCAGCUGUCACGGAUGACAGGAUCAGGACCAUGAGUGAAGUUAUAACUGGCAUCAAAACAAUAAAAAUGAAUGCUUGGGAGAAGUCAUUUAUAGACCUUAUUACCAGACUGAGAAGGAAGGAAAUUUCCAAGAUUCUGAAAAGUUCCUACCUUAGGGGCAUGAAUUUUGCAUCAUUUUUUGCUGUAAGCAAAAUCAUGAUUUUUGUCACCUUCAUCACCAAUGAGCUGCUUGACAACCGGAUCACAGCCAGCCAGGUGUUUGUGGUGGUGACGCUGUUCGAGGCUCUGCGGUUCUCAAGUACCCUCUACUUCCCCAUGGCCGUCGAGAAGGUGUCAGAGGCUGUCGUCAGCAUCCGAAGAAUCAAGAAUUUUCUAUUACUUGAUGAGAUACCAGAACUCCACCCUCAGCAGCCAUCAGAUGGUGAAAGGAUAGUGGACGUGCAAGAUGUCACUGCUUUUUGGAAUGAGGCAUCAGAAACCCCAACCCUACAAGGCCUUUCCUUUACUGUCAGACCUGGUGAACUGUUAGCUGUGGUUGGACCUGUGGGAGCAGGAAAGUCAUCACUGUUACGUGCUCUGCUGGGGGAGCUGCCCCCAAGCCAGGGGAAGGUCACCGUGCACGGGAGGAUCGCGUAUGUUUCUCAGCAGCCCUGGUUGUUUCCAGGAACUGUGAGGAGUAACAUUUUAGUUGGGAAGAAAUAUGAGAAAGACCGAUAUGAAAAAGUAAUAAGGGCUUGUGCUUUGGAAGAGGAUUUGCACAAUUUGAAGGAAGAUGUAAUUGUGAGAGGAGAUGGAGGAACCCCACUGAGUGAAGGAGAGAAAGCCCGAGUCAGCCUUGCAAGAGCCGUGUAUCAGGAUGCAGACAUCUACCUGCUGGAUGAUCCAUUCAGUGCAGUAGAUGCAGGAGUCAGCAGGCACUUGUUUGAACAGUGUAUUCGUCAGGUCUUGAAGGAGAAGAUCACAAUCUUAGUGACUCAUCAGCUGCAGUACCUAGAAGAUGCAAGUCAGAUUCUGAUACUGAGAGAUGGCAAAAUGGUGGAAAGAGGAACUUACUCUGAGUUCCUGAAAUCCGGGAUAGAUAUUUUUUCCCUUUUUGAGAAGGAGAAUGAGCAGUCUGAACCACCUCCAGUUCCAGGAACUCCCACUGUGAUCUCCGAGUCUUUGGGUCAGUCUCCCAGACCCUCAUUGAAAGAUGCGGCUCCAGAAGACCAAGAUUCUGAGAGUAUACAGGUUACACUACCUCUGGAGGACCAUUUGGAAGGAAAAGUUGGUUUUAAGACCUAUGUGAAUUACCUCACAGCUGGUGCUGACUGGCCUGUCAUCAUCUUCCUUAUUCUAGUCAACAUCGCGGCUCAGGUUGCCUACGUCCUGCAGGAUUGGUGGCUUGCAUUCUGGGCAAAUGUACAAAAUGACCUGUAUUUUGGGAGAUAUGUAAAAGAAGAUGAAGAUGUAGUGUUUGUUCUGAACUGGUACUUAGGAGUUUAUUCAGGGUUAACUGUGUCUACCAUCAUUUUUGGCAUCACACGGUCUCUGUUGAUAUUCUACAUCCUUGUUAAUUCUUCACGAACUUUGCACAACAAAAUGUUGGAGACCAUUUUAAGAUCUCCGGUAUUGUUCUUCAAUAGAAAUCCAAUAGGAAGAAUUUUAAAUCGUUUCUUCAGAGACAUUGGGGAUAUGGAUGACUUGCUGCCCCUGAUAUUUCAAGAUUUCAUCCAGACAUUUCUACUUGUGAUUGGUGUGGUGGGCGUGAUGGUGGCUGCAAUUCCUUGGACUGCUAUACCUGUGAUUCCCCUUGGCAUCAUUUUCUUUUUUCUUCGGCGGUAUUUCUUAGAGACAUCACGAGAUGUGAAACGCCUGGAAUGUACAACACGAAGCCCGGUAUUUUCCCACUUACCAUCUUCUUUCCGGGGACUCUGGACCAUCCGGGCAUACAAAGCUGAACAGAAGUUUCAGGAACUGUUUGAUGCACACCAGGAUUUGCACUCAGAGGCUUGGUUCCUGCUUUUGACGACGUCCCGAUGGCUUGCUGUGUAUCUGGAUGUCAUCUGUGCCGUCUUUGUCACUGUUGUUGCCUUUGGGGCCCUGAUCCUGGUAGAAACUUUGGAUGCUGGGCAUGUUGGCCUGGUCCUGUCGCUCACCGUCAUACUUACCAGUAUGUUCCAGUGGUGCAUCAGGCAAAGUGCGGAAGUUGAGAACAUGAUGAUUUCAGUAGAAAGGGUGAUUGAAUACACAGACCUUGUGAAAGAAGCACCCUGGGAACUUGAGUAUCGUCCACCGCCAUCCUGGCCCAACAAGGGAUUGAUUUCCUUUAACAAUGUGCGCUUCAGGCAUACGUCGGAUGGGCCUCUGGUAUUGAGGAACAUGUAUCCAGACUUUUACUCAGGACAAAAGGUUGGCAUUGUGGGAAGAACAGGAGCUGGGAAAAGUUCCCUCAUUGCUGCCCUUUUUAGAUUGUCAGAACCUGAAGGUAGCAUUUAUAUUGAUCACAUCUUGACAACCAGUAUUGGACUGCACGAUUUAAGGAAGAAAAUGUCAGUUGCACUUCAGGAACCUGCUUUAUUCACUGGAACAAUGAGGGAAAAUCUGGAUCCCUUUAAUGAACAUACGGAUAAUGAACUGUGGAAUGCCUUAGAAGAGGUACAACUUAAAAAAUCCAUUGAAGGUCUUCCUGCUAAAAUGAAUACUGAAUUAGCAGAAUUUGGAUUGAACUUGAGUGUUGGUCAGAAACAACUGGUGUGCCUUGCCAGGGCUAUUCUCAGGAAGAAUCAGAUAUUGAUUCUUGACAAAGCCACAUCAAACGUGGAUCCAAGAACUGAUGAGUUAACACAAAAAAAACUUCGUGAGAGAUUUGCCCAGUGCACUGUGCUGACCAUUGCACACAGGUUGAGCACCGUUAUUGACUGUGAAUGGAUAAUGGUUUUGGAUUCAAGGACAUGCAAAGAAUAUAGUCAGCCAAAUAAUUUGCUGCAAAACAGAAACAGCCUAUUUUACAAGAUGGUGCAACAACUGGGCGAGGCAGAGGCUGCUGUCCUCACCAAAAGGGCAAAAUAGGUGUCCUUCAAAAGGAGACAGCCAGAUAUCACUCACAGUAACCAUGUGGUUAUGAAAGUUUCCAGUGGACAGCCCUCAGCCUUCACAAUUUUCGCAUCAACAUUGUGAUUCUACCAUGAGUUCGUGUCUAUUCUAAAGGGUUUCUUUCCAAUAGGUUUUGCACUGCAUAAACUAUAUUCUACU